AUGGCAGCGGUGCACUCGCAGCCGCCUCAGAGCGUGUUCCCCAAGAGCCACGUCGGCUUCGACAGCAUCACCACCCAGAUCGAGAAGAAGCUGCUGAAGCGCGGCUUUCAGUUCAACGUUAUCUGCGUUGGACAGACAGGUCUCGGCAAAUCGACGCUCAUCAACACCAUCUUCGCAUCGCAUCUUGUGGACAGCAAGGGUCGCCUCCAGCCCACCGAGCCAAUUCGUAGCACCACCGAAAUCCACCCAGUCACCCACAUCAUCGAGGAGAACGGCGUGCGUCUCCGCCUGAACAUUGUCGACACCCCAGGUUAUGGCGAUCUCGUGAACAACGACCGCUGCUGGGACCCAAUCGUCAAGUACAUCAAGGACCAGCACAGCGCAUACCUGAGGAAGGAACUCACAGCCCAGCGCGAGCGAUACAUCCAGGACACCCGCAUCCACUGCUGCUUGUACUUCAUCGCACCUACCGGCCACGCGCUGAAGCCAAUCGACAUUGUCGUGUUGAAGAAGCUCAGCGAGACGGUCAACGUCGUGCCUGUCAUUGCCAAGGCGGAUAGUCUUACCUUGGAGGAGAGACAGCUCUUCAAGGACCGCAUCAAGGAGGAAUUCGCUUUCCACAACAUUCGCAUGUACCCCUACGAGAAUGAGGAGUACGAUGCCGAAGAGGCAGCCAUGAACUCCCAGAUCAAGUCCAUCAUCCCAUUCGCAGUCGUCGGCAGCGAGAAGAACAUCAACGUCAACGGCAAGACUGUUCGUGGUCGCCAAAACCGCUGGGGAACCAUCAACGUCGAGGACGAGAAGCACUGCGAAUUCGUCUACCUCCGCGACUUCCUCACACGCACCCAUCUCCAGGACCUGAUCGAGACAACAUCGCAAAUCCACUACGAAUCGUUCCGUGCCAAGCAAUUGCUUGCUCUCAAGGAGUCCAGUGCACAGGUCCACGGCGGUAGCCGACCAAUCUCACCUUCUGCUGAUCGCGAACUCAGCAGACAGAGUCAGCGCAUGACCAUGAACGGGUACUAG